AUGGGAGAUUCUGUGGGCGACGUGCUGCGGGAGAUCGAUGCGAUCCAGGCCUACGUGGACAGCCUUGAUGGCUCUGUGGGCUCAUCCAUGGCGCGGUUUGGCAUGCCUGCCGGGGAUGAAGAUGAGAAUUGCGAUGCGAUCCUUACGAAGAUGGAGUUCCAGAUGAAGGACCUGAUGGAUCUAGCGUACAAGAUCCGGCACGGCUUCGUGCGUUUCCCUGCGGAGACUGCGACGUUCGACGAGGAGGCCGAUGUCCUCGGGGAGGAGGCGGGGGAGGUGGACGUUGCGGAGGGCCUUGGAGAUCUGGAUGGAGAGGAAGAUGGCGAAGAUCUGCAGGGAGAAGAUGGCGAGGAUGAAGCCGAGGAGGAAGCGCCUGGCUGCGGUCGUGUGUUUCCCGUUCCUGGAUGA